AUGAGAACCCCAUCAGGCUUCCUCGGUGGACUGCUAAUCAUCGGCACUCUAGCAGCUCCAUCUCAGCCUCAAGAACAAGCAGUUCUGCAACCCUCCAAGAUUGCACCCGCGAAUGCCAUCGAAACAGGAGUAGGUCACUUCAGCGAGUGGAGUCGAGAGACCAAGAAGAAUUUUCUCAUCGAUUGGCAAGAAGGGCGAUCAUCGCAAUGGAUCAUUGUGCAAGGGAACGAGGGCGGUGAUCUCGACAGCAUGACCGCCGCCAUGACUUGGGCCUACCAUUUGGAGCACUCGACUGCCAACACAUCGCACCCCAUCAAAGCUAUCGCACUGCUGCAGACUCCCUCCGACGCUCUGGAUUUACGACCCGAAAACAAGCUUGCUCUGGACAAUUCUCAGAUGAGCACUGGCCACUCCGACUUGCUCACAACCGAUGAACUUCCAGAGGAUCCGGAGAGCCUUGCGUUGGACAUCAAGGGCAUCGUCAUCGUCGAUCACGCGGUUCCCCUUCGAAAGUGGGAGAAGGCGACGAUUUUGAGCAUUUUCGAUCACCACGUCGACUCUGGUGCCGGGAUGGGCGCCAAACCACGAAUCUUCGAGAAAGUCGCCAGCUGCACGACUCUCGUGGCACGCCAAAUGCUUGAUGAGCUGGAGGAUCUGCCUUCAGAGUAUCACUUGCCACAUGAGCUCCUUGAGUUGAUUUUGAGUGCUAUUGCAAUCGACUCGGAUGGCCUCGAAGACGCAACGGAGGAGGACCGUAAGAUCUCGGCGCGAGUCCUCAAGCGCAGCAACUGGCACAAGAAGGAUCUCGAUGAGAAAAUGCAGGAUCUCGGUAAGGAGUUGAAGGACGCGAAGAAAGAUAUCGGCCACCUCAAUCUUCGUGACUUGCUUCGCCGCGACUGGAAGGGCGAUCUGGUCGACACGCCAUCGCCACGAACGCCGACUGUCAACCUGGGCUUCUCUUCCAUCCCUUACUCCAUGGACGAGCAGAUCGAGAAGACGGAAUUCCACGCUCUCUUCGACUGGUUCGCCAUCCACGACAAGGACGGCAACAAGCAGAAGAUCCGCGAAAUCGUGCUCGUUGUGCGAAGUGAUGUCAGAAUCACUGAAGAGCAGGCCGACGACCUCUUCCGGACCGUGUCCAAGGCUAUCGAGGACGAGCCCACGCUCAAGGCGAAGAAGUGGCACCGUGCGAAUGAGCUUGGAAAGCGACAGAUGGUCUGGACCCACGAGAGGGAGGACGCAGGCCGGAAGGUCAUUCGUCCUAUCAUUGAGAAGGCGGUCAAGAAUUGGGAUUAG